AUGUCUGGACGGUUUUCCAAGAAGACUGUGGUCAGGCCUCUUCGGCACACGGUUCAGAAGCGCGGCGCGCCAGGAGGCGCAGAAACCUUCCGUGAAAUCAUGCCUCUUAUGACGCGGCACAUAGAGUCAGGCAGCGUGGUGGCUGCUUCGGAUAGCGGCUCUGGACUUACAAAAGCAUGGCAGGCUCUUGGAGUUCCUGCAGCCCAAGCUAGGCAUGGCUUGGAUGAGAUGACGCCCACUGUUUCUUUUCCUUCCGCCUGCUUGUCAAACAAGCAGGCGCGAACAGUUCGGAAAGCUGCUGCGGUCAAGAAGAAGCCAGCAGCCCAGUUUUCCCCGAAAAAGAAGAGCUUCCGAAUAGUCGGAGGCGACAAUCAGUGUGAAUCGCAGAUCGCAGUAGGCAAGAAUCAGCUUCGCGAUUCCUGCAUAACCCUGGCCUCCGUAGUGUCUUGGACGCACUGCGCGCCUACCGCGAGGAUCGUGCCGGCAAAGUCGGCUGCAGCCCCGCGCACUUCGCAGAUGUGCUAA